GUGUAUUUUUCACGAGCCUGAAUCAGUGCGUGAAAUCAUGUGGACGUUGAAGCUGCUGCUGCUGGCGUUGGUCGUGCCUCUCUCCACGCACGUAGCGGCAAAUUUCACCCUUGCCAGACACCCCAGGUACCUCGUCUAUCCCCCCAGAGGCGCCUAUAAGCUUGUGGCCGGUUUGGCAAUUCCGUGGAUGUCACCACCGAAGCAGUACAUCGCGUGGACCAUCAACUUCCAGUUCCAGUACGCGCUGCCAAUUGACAUUAAACAGCUGCAAUUGCCCAGGGUGCGACGUUCCCUGAGGGCAAUCGACCGGCCUGCCUUUUACUCCGUGGUCGAAGAUUACCUUGAAGGUCGUGGCCUGCCUGGAAGGUCGUGUUUGCAGCGUAUGAUCUGCGAGGCGAACAAACACCCAAUCCACGAGGAGGACGGCGUCGUCGGAAAAUUGCUCCAGAUUGCGCUCACACCGAGUCGUGGGUUCCUGGAGGAGGAUCUUUCCAGCGACUACCACGAGGCUGAGGUCAAAGGGCAGAAGGGGGAAAAUUGCGAGGAGACUGUUCCCAGAUGCCCACUUGAUAUUCUAGGACUUGUGUCAGAGUACUACGAUUGAUGCCCAAGACUGUGAAGAUUUUUAAAUUGCCUGAACUAUACACACUGUGAAACUGCUUCAGAAUGUUGUAAAUAAAAAUUGAAUAAAAAUUAAUUAUUAAAAAGAA